CACCUUGUACACCUGAACAAAAGUCAUUAAUUCUACAUUUAUUUUCUAACCUGUUUUAUUUUGUCAUUUGAGAAAAACUUCUCCGCCUUUUCUUUGGCUGUUUGGAUCUUGUAAACUUGUGAAUUACAACAUAACUCGCCUUCUUUACAUAUAUAUUCACUAAUUCGGAAACUUGUAACAUCUGUAAUUGUCUUUGGUAGAAUUAUUUCAUUCUGUUGUUCCAAAGAUUCGAUUGUAAGUCAUCUCUAGUCUAUCUCCCUCUCUCUCUUUCUUAAUCUCUUACACACCAACAUACUAUUUUAGUUUGCACAGCAUUCGAACAAGUGAAACUGAAUGUCGGUAAAUAGAAAAGUGGACAGUAUUUCUACAGAAUUAAACGUGUACAACUAUACACAUUUGGGUUAAGCGUAUAUUCUGUGUUGAACUGAUCCACCCACCAACCCAUCACUCACUCACUCACUCAACCAUUCAUUUAUUCGCUUGUGUAUAUAAUAAUAAUAAAUCCUCGUGAUACUCAGAUAGAUUACACAUGUUAAUGGCGUAUUAUUCUCUUUCAUGAGACAAUAUAUGUACACUGUGCAACACAAAUGAAUAAUAAAUGAAUAUCAUUCAGACAAUAUAAGAUCGUAUAUACAUACACACAAAGACGUGAAAGUUAACAGUGACGGAUGCAAUGGAAUACCUCUUAUAAUUUGUGGAUGGCAGCGAAGAAAUAACGAAGGUCUGUUUAUGCAGUAGCACGCCUUUGUUCUUUGAUUCGAAUACUAGAAUAGAAUUUCACUUGAAAAAGAGAGUGUUACUUGUGUAAUUGUAUCAUCACCAUCAUCAUUAACAUCAUCAUUGAGUCUGUGAAAUUCAAUACGAAUUCAUUGCCAUGUGUAUAAAGAAUAUUUCAACACUUAUCAUACAUUAUUUUCUAAUUUAUUUUGGAAUAAUUAUUUCAUUGGAUGGUGUCAAGUCGGGAAAUUGGGUAUUUGAUCUAUUAACUUUAAGUCAUUUGAAAAAACAAAAUUCACCAUCCUAUACACAUGAACGUUACAUUAGUCAAAUGACAAAUUUUCCUGAACCAAUCAACUUAAUGUAUUCGUCAAACUUCAAUCAACCAGGACGUAAAUCAAUUCGAGCUAGUGGUUCUGAAGUACACAAUCAACAGUCACUAUAUUUAAGUCAGCAAGACAACACACUGAAACCAUCGGGUUAUUAUCAUACAAUCAGUCAGCCAAACAGUUAUCCAGAGGAUACUGUUCAUUCAUUUAUUCCAUUUGGUAGUAUUAUUAAAAGUGAUAAUGAUUUAUCUGCGCAUGAAACAGGAAUAUGUCAUGCAUUGACUGGACUUACAAAUCGUCAACGUUAUAUCUGCUUACAACAUUCUGGUCUUAUCUGGGCAAUGCUUGAAGGGACACAUUUAGGUAUGCAUGAAUGCGUUCACCAGUUUCAACAUGAACAAUGGAAUUGUUCUGCAGUUAAUUUAUUAUAUCGUUUACAUAUGAAAUCACCGAACUUACCGUCAAUACACGGUCUGGAAGGGAUAUUACAACGCGGUUCUAGAGAGACGGCUUUCCUUUCAUCUACUUGGUCAGCUGGUGUUGUACAGGCAAUAACGCGUGCUUGCAGUCGCGGUCAAAUGGGGACAUGUGACUGUGAUCCAUAUCGACGUGAAGGUCAGGGUCGAGAUGCUGAGGGCGUAUUCACUUGGGGUGGAUGCAGUGAUCCGAUAAGAUUCGGUAUGCGAUUAGCACGCUUAUUUCUAGAUGCAAACGAUGAAGAACAUCGUAAUGCUGCUUUACAAAGGGAACAAGAAUUACACGAGCAAAGAAUUCAGUUAUUAGCUUCAAUGAGGCUUAAUAAUCAUGAACAACAGAAUCAGAGAAGAUCCCAAAGGGUGCAUCGAUUCCCUCGUUCGUCAAAUGACUCCACGUCUAAUCAGCCUUCGAAUAGGUCUAAUUCUAUUCUUUCACCUAAAGAAUUACAAGCAGAGACACUACAAAUUAUUCAAACAAAAGCAAGAACUUUAAUGAAUCUACACAAUAGAAAAGCUGGAAGAAGAUUGGUAUGGAAAAAUCGUGUUACAAAAUGUAAAUGUCACGGAGUUAGUGGAGCUUGUUCAAUGCGUACAUGUUGGCAACGUGUCAAUGAAUUUCGUCUUGUCGGUAUAAUGUUGAAAACUGCUUAUGAUCAAGCUAUACGUGUAACCUACGAACCAAGAUUGGACAUUUUGAAACGAAUUAAUAUUGGAAGAGGCACAAAUAAUUAUGAAAAAUAUAUUCACAGUAAUAAUAAUAAUUAUUAUCCGAAUAAACGAAAUCCAUCAGCAUUGUCAACACGUUAUAAACACGAUACAAAGAAUUGGUUAGUUGUGAUUAAUAAUCAUAGUAAUAGUAUUAAUAAUAAUAAUAACAAUGGUUUGAAACACGAUCACAAUGAAUAUUUAAAUAGUGAACGUCUUCUACGUAGAUGGCCACGUAUGACAGCGACAAAAUCAAGAGAAAUGCCAAAGAAUAAAUUAGUUUAUCUGGAAGAAUCACCUAACUAUUGUUAUUUUGAUGAAAGUAUUGGUCAUUUAGGCAUUGCUGGUAGACAGUGUAAUGCAACAUCUAAAGAUGCGGUGAAUUCAUGCUCACGUUUAUGCUGUGAUCGUGGUUAUGAUACAAUGGAGUUUGAACGUGAACAGAAAUGUGAAUGCAAAUUCUUUUGGUGA